AUGCAGCUUGCAACUGUUAUUCUUACAUUCUUUGCUACUUUCGCCCUAGCCGCGCCCAAUGCCGCAAACAACCAGCCAGAGAUCUUCGGGCGGGCCAGGACACCCACUCCCGGUAGCAAAUCCUCAUGUUGCGGAUUCACUGCCGAUUGUAACCGAUCCUGCUGCCCCGACGGGCCCUGUGGCCCUCCUGCAUAA